UACUUGAUACAGUUUUCCAACGUCUAUCAUAAAAAAAAAAUGUCACAAUGAUUAUUUCAGUAUUGACUUAAGUCAGAAAACAAGUCAUUUAAUAAUUCCUAGAAACGUGAUACGUAGUUUAUCGAAAUAGUAAUCAAUGAAAUCAUAAAGGUAAACAGUCUACUUUUGGAACACUAUCGAAUGCUUUGGAUCAUUACAGAUAACGCUGCUACUACUAUUGAAGCCAUGUCGUAAAAUAGAAUCAAUCAAUAUUUUGUGAUUUCUUGAGUAUGGGUUCAGUGCUGUAGAAUGAAGAUUGUGUUAUGGAUUCAUUACAUAGAAGUGUUCAUGACCAACUCCGGAAAAGAGAAUAUGUUGAAGAAAAGAAGGUGACACCUAACUGGAAACAAAGAGUCAAAGCAGGCCUGCUGAUGAUGAGCUCCUUCCUAUUCAUCCUCUACCAAGGUUCUCUAGCAGUAGCAGCCACUAUCCUCAUGGUCCAGCUGAUGUGCUACAAGGAGAUCCUCACCAUAUGUUACACGAUCAACAAGAACCCGAGUCUACCGAAGUUUAGGAUGACAGCCUGGUACUUCUUCAUCGUUUGGAACUACACCCUACUCGGAGAAACUUUUGGUGAACAGUUUAAGAGUGUUUUCGAAAAGGAUCGUUAUCUUUCGUUCAUCUUCGACCAUAGUAGAUUCAAAGGGUGUUGUUUGUAUUUUGGCGGGAUAGUGAUGUUCGUGAUAAACCUGGCUGGGAAGUAUGAUAUUAAGAGAUUCAGGUUACUGGCCAUACUUCACGUUUUGUUGGUGGUGAUAACAUUGCCUACGUAUCUCUUGGUGAAGUGCUCGUUGGAAGGUAUGGUUUGGGCUGUUAUUCCACUAGCUUCGGUCAUCUUGAACGAUAUCUUCGCCUAUGUGUUCGGAAAAGUUAUGGGAAGAACACCUUUGAUCCACCUUUCUCCAAACAAGACUCGAGAAGGGUUUCUUGGAGGUAUUGUUGGGACCAUCAUCUCUACGAUAGCCUUGGCUCACUUCCUGUCCAGAUACAACCAUUUCAUCUGCCCAACGGAGUACAACGAAUUAACUGGAAUAAUAGAGAUAAAUCCCAAUUGCACACCUUCACUGCUUUUCGUACCAACUGAGUACAACAUUAUGCCAGGAUUUAGCAUGAAGCUGCUUCCCUUCCAUCUGGAUUCUUUCUACAUAGCCCUCUUCGCUAGUUCGAUUGCACCUUUUGCUGGUUUCUUCGCAUCUGGGUUCAAGAGGGCGUUCAAUAUUAAGGACUUUAGUGACACUAUACCGGGACACGGUGGUAUUUUGGAUAGAUUCGAUUGUCAGUUUCUAAUGGCGAUUUUUGUGUAUGUGUACAUGUCAACGUUCUUGAAGACGAGUAAGUUUAAGAAGUUGUACGGUAAGGUUAUGCACCUGAGUGAUCGUGAUCAGCUUGUUUUUUAUGAUAUGUUGAAGAGUGUUCUGGAAGAGCAGAAUAUGUUGUGAUAUUGAAGUAUGUUAUUUGAUUGUUGUUGUUGAUAUUUAUGAAAAAUAUAAAGAUUUUUAAAUCCUU